CUAGUCAGACUUUAGGUCAUGAAGAAGGCAUUAGUCUGCCGUGUAAUGAUGUGUGACAACAGUCUGUAUCUUACAUGUAGCUAGCUUCAUAUUGGAGACUGAGAUAAUUGUUCAAUUGUUCAAUCGGGAAACUGGCUGUAAAUGUCUUGCUUGGUGACAAAUGAGAAGCUGAGCACAAGUGAAAGACAACGCUAAGGAAGCAACCCUCAACGGGCGAACCAAGAUUCUCAACCCAGGCAGGCAGGCGAGCAUCACAACUUCAAGAUGCCUGAUAAUAAAGAAGCGGAGCCAUUCCAUGUCUCUAUGGUGGUACAUGCCAUCCAUUUCUUCUCAUGGUUCUAUGACAUGGCUACCUACAUCCCUUGGCAGCUAGCGACAUACAGCUCCUGGACGUACCAGAACCGUCUCAAGGCUGAACCUAUAAUGGGUGACACCCAGAACCCUUGGAGGAUGGUAGGUAGCCAGCAGCUCAAGCUCAGAAAACGACAGGAUUGCAAGACUCUGGAUGAAGACUUUGAGAGGAGCUGUCAGGAAUAUGGAUCUCUAGAAGCCCUAGGAACCAGGGAGAUCUUAUCCGAGGAAGAUGAAGUGCAAUCUAAUGGCAAAGUCUUUAAGAAGCUGAUCAUGGGAGAUUACAAGUGGAGAACAUACACAGAGUUUUUGCAAGAUGUUGACAACUUUGGGAAAGGUCUUGUUAGUCUUGGUCUCCAGCCUAAACAGAAUAUACUUAUAUUUGCCGAAACAAGAGCAGAAUUUCAGAUUGGACUCCAAGCCUGCUUCAGAUAUAAUUUUCCAGCGGUGACACUGUAUGCAACGUUAGGAGAAGCAGCUAUCGCUUAUGGAAUCAAUCAGACAGGAAUCAAAUAUGUCAUUACAACAACAACACUCCUUACAAAACUAAAGUCAAUUCAGAAGGAUAUUCCAACUGUGACUCAUAUAAUUUGUAUGGAGGAUCCCGUCGCCAAGCUAGAUGAGAAGAAGCUUAGUAACGGUAUCAAAGUCACAUCAUUCCAGGCAGUCAUCAAUAGAGGAGCUGCUUCUAAGAAUGUGGAGCGUUUGAGACCGACCGCCGAAGACCUUGCCAUCAUCAUGUAUACCAGCGGAUCAACUGGGAAUCCUAAGGGAGUCAUGAUCUCCCAUAGAAACGUCUUAGCUGCUGUGUGUGGAGCAGUGGAUCGCAUCAAUGAUGUAGAGGUUGGUGAAACUGCAGCUGUGUACUUGCCCUUAGCCCACAUCUUGGAGUGUGUGGUAGAACUAUCUCUCAUCACACUAGGAUGUCGUCUAGGUUACUCAUCACCUCAGACUCUAACAGAUACAGGAACUAAGAUCAAGAAGGGUUGCCCUGGUGAUGUCAGAAUACUCAAACCAAACCUUAUCAUCUUUGUUCCUAUGAUCUUGGAGCGUAUUUACAAGGGAAUAACAGAGAAAGUAAAGGGAGGUAGCGCCCUUCAGAGAGCUAUCUUCAACUUUGCUGUAGACUACAAGUGCAAACACCUUGACCAAGGAUUCAACACACCUAUCCUCAACAGAUUAAUCUUCUCCAAACUGACCCGUCAGCUUGGUGGUCAGGUGCGUCUGAUGAUCUGUGGAGGCGCCCCAUUAGCCAGUGACCUACAGCGCUUCAUUCAAUCUUGCUUCAACAGCUCUCUUAUACAGGGAUAUGGUCUAACAGAGACGUGUGGGGUAGCCUGUGUCUCAGAAUCGCGAGACAUGAGAAUUGGUCAUGUGGGACCACCCGUUACAACAACCCAGGUCAAGCUUGUAGACUGGCCCGAGGGUGGGUAUACCAACAAGGACAAACCUAACCCUAGAGGAGAGGUCAUUGUCGGAGGUCAGAACAUCGCCAUGGGUUACUAUCAGAUGGACCAACUGACCAAAGAGGUCUUCAUCCAGGACAAUGGCAUCAGAUACUUCUGUACUGGGGAUAUCGGAGAGUUCCUUCCAGAUGGCAGUCUCAAGAUCAUUGAUCGUAAGAAGGAUCUUGUGAAGCUUCAAACAGGAGAAUACAUCUCCUUGGCAACGAUAGAGAACUUCUUGAAGAAGAGUCCAUUCAUUGAUAACAUCUGUGUAUAUGCUGAUCCUCUGUAUGACUACUGCUUAGCACUGAUUGUACCAUACAAGAAAGCUGUACAGGAGGCAGCAAACAACAACAACCUGGCAGGUAAAUCUUUUGAGGAGCUUUGUGGCAGGUCAGAAAUACUCAAAGAAGUCCUGGCUUCAUUAGCAGCAACAGGCAAAGAAGCCAAGCUCCAGAAAUGGGAAAUUCCCCGCAAAGUCCAUCUCUGUGAAGAAGCAUGGACCCCUGAAAACGGACUGGUGACAGAUGCUUUCAAGCUCAAACGCAAACCCAUCGCAAAUCAAUACAGUGCUGAAAUCAAUAGGAUGUAUGGAAAGCACCGAUGAUGAAAGGAUCACCACUCAGCACUUUCACUCAAGAAACUUGUAUAUUCAAAAUGGACUCUGAAGUUGAGGAAGCAUCCAGAAAAACUGAUCAUCAGAAUUAAUUUAAAGUGUUAUUGCAUCAUUACAGAUGAUGGUUCAAAAUAAAUGUUCAUCAUUCACUUUGCAUGCUUUUAUUGCACAUUACACAAUUUGUUUAUACAGAAAGAACAUUGAUAGAAUGAAUCUUAUUUUGUUUCUUCUUCAAUAAAAAGAAACGUAGUUUAAUAUGUAGAUCAUGCCAACAAGAUAAAUCCUGUAAAUAAUAUAAUUUGAUUGUUUUGGUGGCAGAUACCUAAUAAAUAUCUUAGCCGUGCAUUAUAAUCGGUUCUGAGCUUUAAAGGUAAUUGUAGAAGCAUUUAAUUUUCAGAAUCAAUUCUUGUUUCAUAUAUUAAUUCAAGAUGUGUUAAUAAAAAUAACUAAUUGGAGAUGAAAGAAUAAUACAAAUUGAUAUUAUUGAAAUGUGUUUUCAAACUGUAAUAAUAAUAAUAGUAAUAACAACAUUUAUAAUGCGCACAUAUCCACCCCAAGGGAUGCUCAAAGCGCCGAACAAGGUAAAUACAUUAAACAUAAGAAAGUACAUGAGAAGUUAUAGAGAACGAAAAUAAUUAAAUAUAAUUAAACAAUGUUAAUUACAUCAGAUUGUGAAAUACACUAUGUCAUAACUAAGGAAUUCAGACAUUAGAUACCGGUAGGUUUUCAAGUUUUUUUUAACAAAUUUUGAUUGAAUGGGGUAGGGAGUUCCAUAACUGUAGAUGUGAAUUGGCAUUCAUUACAUGCUUGCUACAUAGACUUUAUGCCUUGUGAUUUAAAAGCUGGCUGUACAAUGUUGUGCAUGUUCCAUUCAUGAGCUCAUUGAGCCCACACAUUACAAAUUGACCAGUUCACAGGUGAUACUCCCUUCCCCUCAAGUUUGGCAACAUAUAAUGUAUCCAUGCUACAUAUUGAUUCUUAAAGUACUAGCAACAGAGAAAUUUGUCACGCUAUUAUUUAUGAUUAGGUAAUACAUCCAUCCAUGCAAAUAAAUACAUAUGUGAACUGACCUAUUGAUUAGAGAUAAGACUGAGUUAUUUGAAGAUAUUGAACACUGCCUUGCUUUUAGCAAUUUUGAAUAUAGGACCAUGCAGCUGCUGAAAUGUUAGGAAAUGCUUCCAGUAAAGAGGCGUUUUUCAUGUUUUAUGUGAUAGGCUCUAACUAUAUACAAGGAUGCCAUUUUUCAGGCAAUAGCCUGAAUUCAGGCCCUGGCGAGUUAUUUUCAGACCAAAGUUAAGGCUUUUUGUGUACAAAAUAGCUCAUUCUAGGUGAUUUUCAGGCAUUCUGAUCACUUCUUACUGGCAUCCCUGUAUAUAGCACAAUAAGUUGUAUUGUAUUUCAAGCUUUAGUUGUUAGUACAGUGUAUGUUUCUAUGCAGUCAUGAAAAGGUUAGAAAACUAGGUAACUUUUCAGUGAUGGGCUGCCUAUAAGCUAAGGUUAGUGCUAGAUAGGUAUGGUUAGUAUAAGAAAAAAACAAGAAUGGAGGAAGGUCAAAAGGUCAUAUUUUGCUCAGAAUUGUAGAUGGAGUCUACAUGUACUGUAAUAGCGAGAAGCUUUUACAAGCUUAGAACUUUGAGGGAUUUUGAGUGGUCAUAAUUCUCCUCAGGUUUCCUACAUUGAAUGCAUUGGUCAUUAACAAUGUGGAAAAGCUGAUGGUUUAACAGUACUCUCAUGCUCAGAGUAACAACGUUUUGUUAUUGUGACCUUGUUUUUUGUUUGUGCUUAUGAAAGCGUGACAACCUUCUCUAUUUGUAUUGCUUUUUAUUGAUACCUGUAGUAAUGAAUAUCAUUAAACAUGUUUCUUAGCGCUGUUGAGUUUGUGUCUGAAUAAACAUGGGUUAUGAAUUUCCAUGUGGGGAAAGGGGAUUGAGAUAGGAAUAUUUAGUGGAAGUGUUUUGCAAUGUUUGUAAAUAGUAGAUAGACCAAGGAUACACUCCUUGGAUGAACUUUUGAUUUGAAGCACUAUAAGACUUCUCAGAGAAAGAAUGUUGAUGUAUUCAACUUUUGUUAUUGUCUAAAAAGAUAUUUAAAAAACGAGUAUGUAAAUAUACUUUAAGAGGACCCAUUUCUGUAAAUUUGUGUUUGAGGAUAAAAUGAUAUUGCAAUGUCUGUCUGUGAUCAUGAUAUAAAGCUUGCUUUUUGAUUGAGAUUAGAAAGAAAUCUUGAAUUGAUCUGAAAGAAAAUGUUUCAUUGACUUCUUAGGACAAAGCAAGUUUUAAAAAAAAAACUAGAUGUAUCUUCCUCCUAUAUUCUAGUAGCUCUUUAGCAACAUGUAUAUUUGCACGUAAAUGCACUGCUUUUUGAUAACAGAAUGCAUCUGGCCAUGCAUCAUUUAUCUUUCCUUUCAUCAGAAUAUUCUAGGUGAGGCAGAAAAGUGCUCUAGUUAAAAUGACUGCUUCUAAUACAUGUCUACUCCAGCUAGCUAGAUUUGACAUACAUUUGUAGAUAAUGACAAUUUUGUUAAUCACAUGCCAUUACAUUUUGUACAGCUCGACAUACAUGUAAUUACAUGUUAAUCACUCUGUAAGCAUCAGUUUGACAUUUUUUUAAAUUUCAUUCGUACAUUUUCAGUGCCAAAUAUAGCUUAUGAAGAAUGGUAUUAUUUGCAAACAAGAUGAUGAUAAACAUAGUGAUGAACAAUCAGAAAGGCUAUGGCUUUAUGCACAUCAAGUCAUGAAAAUGAAGAUUGAAGAAAGAAGAAAUUGAUUAUAUUUGAUGAAAGGCCUCCAUAAAUGUUCAUCUGACUUCAAGAGAACUUUCAUUGUUUGAAUCUAUCAUACGCCAGCCCAUCGGUAUAUCUUAAUGUUCUACCAAUAGAGCAAAUUUCAUGUGGAAUUCUGCUCUGGGGGGCAUCUUUUGGAAGUGUAUCUUUGUAGUGAUGUUGUAGGCAUAUUUAUAUUCUGAAGGCUUGAAAAUAAUACUAUAGUUUCCUCUCUCAUCCCCUAACGCAAUGCUUUCAUUUCAUUUCUGUCUUUAUACAAACAGCUGUGUUGUAUACAUCAAUGUGCAUGUGUACAUUGUGUAUUCUGUAUUUGAACAUUGAGUUUCUUUUAGGUUAAGAGCACAAGAUUUUGUUACUGUUUUGGUUUGCAAUUUUUUCUCCUGUUUUGUUGAAGUGACGGAAGUGUGAGUGCUAAGACAAGAUUUUUUUUUUUGUAAUCUCGGUAUAUGUUAUGAAGCCUGUUUAUUAAUGCAGACCUUCGUUUUCUUCUACUUGAGCAAUAGCAUGACAUAAAUUGGAAGAUAAAAUAUCAAUUGUGUUGAAUUAUUUGAAAUUACAUGUUGAUUGUUUUGGUGUUGUUGAUUAAAGCACUCUUUAAUAUAUUCCAGA